AUGGAUUAUAUGACAUCCUGGCAUCAAGAUGAGUCCCAGACUGAAAGUGGCAGGACCAAGAACCUUGAGAUACUGGGGUCAGGUCAAGGUCAGGUCAUCAAAAUGUUCACUCCGCAUGCUCCGCUUGCUCCUCAUGCUCCUCAUGCUCCUCACGCCCCACCAAACCGUCCAACAAGUCGACCGCAAUCCAGAGCCAGAAGUGCAAAGCGGCGUGUGGAUAUGUUUAGAGCAGCAGAGGACCCUGACGGAGAUAACAUAGAAGCAAUACUAGCACAGAUGGAGCAAGUGAACCAGGCUCCACGAGACCUGCCUAUGUAUACUGGAUGUGACUGUGCCACAAGACCACAAAAAGUCAAGCAAGACACCAGACUAUCACCUGAACCCACUGUAGAGAGUUAUGCAGAUGAUUCAGACUCGGAUAAUGAAGGUGAAGUAAAUCUUCCUGUCCUUCUGGGGAUGCUACAGAAACUGAAGGACACACCACUGAGACGGACCUCCAACAAAGCCUUCCUUACGCUAGUUUCCAGCCUUGACAAAGAGUCAGAGAUCGACAAGGAACAAGUUCAACAGAUUCUGGGUUACCUGAAAGAUGAAGUAAUUGUAGAAGUCCAGGAAUUAGCUCUAGGGCUGAUCAAACAGCUAUGUUUUCACCACAACAACACAGCCAAGUUCAUGGCAGCUGAAAUCCUCAAUACUGUGGAAAAGAUCUUAGUAUCCAUGCGACCACUCCAACCUUAUGUUGCUGCUGUUGGUGUUCUGGAGGCAAUAGUCAGCCAUAAAGAGUUCCUAUCUGCCUGGCUGGAGCCAGUGAUGCGUGUCUUCCCUGGCUUGAUGCGGCACCUCCAGAUUGAAGAGACUGUGGAGGCAAAAUAUGCCAUUUGCUGUCUUUUCCGUCGCCUUGCGCAGUAUUCACAACUCUCAUGGAACAUUCAGAAUGAGGCCAUACCAGUAAUAGAUGUGACCAGAGGAAAAAGUGACAAACUGAGUGAGGUAUAUACACAGGUGAUGAUGGAGGCUGUACAACACUCAGAUGAGGUGUCUAUAGGGUUGAUACAGAAUGGGGCCCUUCCCACUGCCACCAAAAUACUACAAGAUGGUCCAUGUGGUCCGCAGAAGCAUGCCUUGGCCCUACUCUCAGCACUGACUAUGAAAGACCUAGGUAUCGCCUCUACUAUUGAUGAUGAGGAGCUUAUGACACUAGUGCUGCGAUGUAUCAAGGAAUCAAAGUGCAGGCAAGUCUGUGGAGAGGCUGCUUGUGUCUUAGCCAAUACGUUUAUGACGCGGAGCCGUGGACGAUGUCGUGAUCUGAUGGUCCAUAUUGCUGACUACUUGGUGCCAGCUACCAUGGAGAUAGAACUGUUACAGACUUAUAGUCUAGCUGGGGACUCACAAAAACUGCCUCUAAUAAGGAAUAGGCAUGAACGAGAAACACAGCUAUGGAACGGACUACACACACUAUGUCGUGUGAUGUGUGACAUCAUAUGUAGAGAAGCUAAGGUAGAAGUAGAUGAGGAUGGCUGUCCACAGAGGAUUGGACUGACCGCCUCCACAACAUCUGGGACACCCUCCCCAGGAGUGACAGUGAUCAGCCACUGUAUUAGAGUACUGACAAAUGUGUGUAUUUGGGCAGCAAGCAAAUCUCGACAUGACUUCUACAAGAUCGACCUUCAUCACUUUGCACACACAGAGUCACAGAGGGUGAAACUGUCCAAACUGAACAGGGUUCUUACCCAUUUUAUAUGGGACAUUGCUGGGCGCCUCGUCUCUGUGGUGAUGGCCCAGUUCUCCUCACAGCUACGCCGCCUGCUGGUUUUGGCUGACCUUCUGUAUGACCCAAAGAUGAGGAUGAAACAGGAUAUAUCUGGUACGGUGGUGAAAAAGGGCACUAAUCAGAGGCUUCUUGUGGAACGUGCCAUCUUAAGGAAUGGAACUGUUGAUCUGUCUAGGAUGUUUGUGAGUGCAGAAAUUCAGCUGAUCAAAGUUUGCCUGGACUUUCUAUUGUGUAUGUCUUUGUGUACUUGUAAAGAGUUUCCAAAUCUGCAAAAACAUGAGACUCCACCGGGGAGUGGCAAUAAUAGAAAUAAUUCCAACAAAGGCACAACAAAUGGCCGACCACCAAGUGGUGCUUCGUCCAAUGGCCGUCCAUCCUCUGAUUUAGCCUCGAAAGAAAAUGGCUGGGUCAGCAGUAAAGCAGAGAAGUCAAGGAAAGAGCCCAACACAGAGGAUGAUGAUGAGUGUGAGUCUAAACCUACACAGAACAGUGACCAGAAGGAGCAAGGCCUGGCCAGUGAACGUCGAAACCUUCGUCGACAUCUGUAUGAGGCCGGUGUGUUCUACUGUGUAACACCACUACUUACAGUCUCUGACCACCUCUGUCAGGUUCUGGCAUGUCAGAUCUUGAGAUGUAACAUACAACCUGUGGAGGAGAAGAUCUUAUUCCCUUCAUCCAAGGCAAUGCGCAGAAGGCCACAUUCAGCUGUGAACAGGAAAGACAUGGAAAAGAAACUAAAUGUGGCUUUACACCAGAUGUCUCCAGACUUCGCUGUCAUCAUAAAGGAAGCAAUCGGGCCCCGCCCUGGAUCAGCUCAUCCUGCCUUCAGUGUGUCCUCAGGAUCAGGUGAUACUGACGACACUAUGACUGUUAGCUCCACCUCAGGAGAUGGUAUUGAUGACCCGGAGACUGCAGCCCGAUUGGCUGAUUAUAUGGAACAAAGUAAGAAAACAGAGAAAAUAAAAAAGUCUGUGGACUUUGGUAUACCAGUGACAGGCCCCACUCUUGACCCUCGACAAUCCAUGGCUCAGCAAUGUCGCCAGCUCCUGGUCAAGGAGGCUGGCCACAGAGUGAUUUCUGGUGUGUUCACCGCCCCCAAACCAAACCGCUGUCAUUUCAUCUCCCUCAUAUAUGACAUCGUACAUUUAGGAGAUCACGAACUACACAUGAAGUUAGCAGAGUUUGGGUGUAUGCAAAAAUUAUUGGACUUCAUCAGAGUGAACACAGAAAGUGAACUUUUGGAAAUAAUAGGAUUGAUCAUUAUCCAGAUGCUGAUUAAGAGUGACCCACGCUUGAGACAAAUAUUUGAACGCCAUGGCGGCACCAGACUGAUGAUGACCAUGAUGUCUAAGUACAAUAGUGGACCUCUGAGGGACGAAAUCAAAAACACCAUGAGAGCAGUGUCCAGUACUGGUAUCACUGCUCAGCCUACACGAGCCAAGCCUGUGGACAAGGGGAGACUACCCCCAGAUGUGUGGGAUCAGAUACAAUUGAGGUGGAAAGAUGAAGAUAAGGUGAAGACAGUGCUACGCAACUGGAGAAGUGAUGGUAAGAGGUGACGACAACAGCCAAGUGACACAGACUACAUGGAGUCUCACUACAGAUGGGUUUCUUGUUUAAGAGAUCCAAUAUAUCACCUUUCCUAUGACAUUGCUUUGAUCUU